GAAAAGCCUUGAUUUCUAGUGCAACGCAAGUUUGCUUAGCGUUUCAAAUUUGGUCUGUGACUAAACUCUGACACUCUGUAGACCAAUACUGUGAUGUGCUCUCUGACUAGUCUGCGACAGUGAGAGAACAAAUGAAAAAUGCACACAACAUUUUGUUGCCAUGUAGUAGUUGUUAAGCUCCACCGAACUCGCUCUGCAGUCUGUAAGUAGCGAAAAAUGGCCACGGCGGCGGCGUCUCGGCAUGUGGUGGCGGUGCCGUUCCCGGGCCGCGGCCACAUCAACCCUAUGCUCGUCGUGUGCCGCCAGCUCGCCGCCGCCGACACCGCCCUCGCCGUGACCGUCGUCGUCACGGAGGAGUGGCACGCGCUGCUGGCCGCCGCGGGGGUGCCCGCCACGCUCCCCGAGCGCGUCCGCCUCGCCACCAUCCCCAACGUCAUCCCCUCCGAGCGCGGCCGCGGCGCUGACCACGUCGGCUUCAUCGAGGCCGUGCACGCCAAGAUGGGGGAGCCCGUGGAGCGGCUGCUGGACCGGCUGGCGCUGGAGCGGAGGCCGGACGCCGUCGUGGUCGACACCUACCUGACGUGGGGUGUGGCGGCCGGCGCGGCGCGCGGGAUACCGGUGUGCUCGCUGUGGACCAUGCCGGCCACGUUCUUCUUGGCUCUCUACCACAUGGACCAGUGGCCGCCGGUGGAUGGCCCUGAAGGGGAAGAAGGACAAAGCUGCAAGUCCUUGGAUCAAUAUUUGCCAUUCCCAACCCUGUCGUCAGUAAAAUGUUCUGAUAUCAAGGUAUUUCGCUCCUGGGAGCUGCCGAUGAAACGAGCUGCGCAAGUGUUCUCCAAUGUGCGCAAAGCACAGUGUGUCCUCUUCACCUCCUUCUAUGAGCUUGAAGCUGGUUCUAUCGAUGGAAUAUCACAGGUGCUUCCAUGCCCCAUAUAUACACUUGGUCCUUCAAUUCCACAUACGCCUCCUGAAGGCGACUCAGAAAAGAUUCAGCGUGAGAAAUACUCUGACUGGCUGGAUGCCCAACCGAAAAAUUCAGUGCUGUACGUCUCUUUCGGCAGCUAUGUUUCGAUGCCAUCCUCACAGUUGGAAGAGGUUGCCAUGGGGCUUCAUGACAGCGCAGUCAGGUUCUUCUGGGUGGCCCGGGACAAGGCCACCACCACCACUCUGCAGCAGAUCUCCGGUGACAAGGGCUUGGUGGUGCCAUGGUGUGACCAACUGAAGGUCCUGUCCCACCCCUCGGUCGGCGGCUUCCUGAGCCAUUCUGGGUGGAACUCGACCCUGGAGGCCCUGUUCGCCGGAGUGCCUGUGCUCGCGUUCCCCGUUGCCUGGGAUCAACUGGUGAACGCCCGGCUUCUUGCUGAUGAAUGGAAGGUCGGGAUCAACUUGAAGGAACAGAGAAGGGAGGAUGGCAUUGUCAGCAGGGCCACAGUCUCUUCUGCCGUGACAAAGCUUAUGGAUUUUGGCGAUGAUAGUAGGCAAGAAACGAGAAGAAGAUCUGCAGAAUUGCGUGACGCUUCACAAAGAGCCAUUCAGGAAGGUGGAUCAUCAAGCCGUUCUUCCAACAGUCUCGUGAGAGAUCUCAUCGAAGGAAGACUGAACGUUGCAGAAACUUCACAUUCACAGUAGUUGCUCACAGGCAGAAACGUUGCAGUUCUGCACGAGUAGUACGAAGUAGCCAGUGAAGUUGUCAGAUAUGAGGCUCCUCUCAUGUUUGAUCCAGGUCUUUUUGCAUACGUGCUGAAUGCUAGAUUGAAAUUUGAGCGUGAGGAGUUCUUUCGUUCAAAUGUAUGUAAAAUAAAUCUCGUUCUUCUUGUUUUUACACCAGAGACCCUCCGGCCCAGCUUUACUCGAGAGCAUAAUCUCGUUCUCCUACCUGCU